AUGGAAGUCAACAAGUACGAAGCGGAGCGUUGUAUUGAGCUGGCAAAAGCCGCGAUGACCGCGGAAAAUCCGGCAAGGGCAGAAGAGCUGCUGAAAAAGUCCAUAACCUUGUAUUCGUUGCCGGAGGCCGACCUGUUGUUGAAACGCGUGAACCGGGAAGCAGCGAAUAAGCCAUCGGAACCGAAACUGAACGUCGACUACACCCAGGAACAGCUGGACGUUGUGAAGCGGGUGCAAAAGUGCAAAGACUUUUAUGAGGUGCUGGGCGUUUCACAAGAAGCACCGGACUCGGAAGUGAAGAAAUGCUACAAGAAACUGGCUCUACAGCUACAUCCGGACAAAAACAAGGCCCCCGGGGCUAUGGAAGCGUUCAAGGCACUCGGUAAUGCGGUCGAGACGCUAACGAAUCCGGAGAAGCGGAAAGCCUACGAUCUCUACCGCCCGACCGACAACGGUUCCUCGUCGCCCGGCCGUAAAGGGCCGAGCGGUGGCUUUACCUGUGGGCAGAACGGAUUCACCUUCCGGCAGGACUUUGAAUCGGAGGUUAGCCUGAACGACCUGUUCAACAUGUUUUUCGGCCGGCAACAACAGCGGCAACAACAGCGGCAACAACAGCAGCAACAGCAG